UGAAUUUCUGCCACUGGUACCCCGAAACCAUUUCUUAAGAGACAGCCCUCCCACCUCUCUCUCUCUCAUGUAUAUAUAUUUCAGAGCGAGACUUUCUCCGGGGGAUCCGAUUUUCUCAAUUUGGUUUCCUUUCUUUUCUUUCUCACAAUUCAAAAAAAUUUCCUUUUUCUCGGAUCAGAAUUGAGAUCUCUUCCAUCCCCAAUCGCUUCCUGGAUUUUCUUUUCCUUCCCCAAAAUGCAUCUCUGUCUCUUUCUCGAGGUUUGAUCCUCAUUGCGUGUCAUUUCUCUGUUUUGCUCAAACUUCCCUGCAUUUUCGUCCGCUUUUGUUUCUCAUCUUACGAACAAACUUGAGAAUUAUCGGUUUUCUAUCAACCAACUUUUGUUGGGAAUAGAAGAAACAAACUAAUCUUGACUAUCUUCAUCGCUUUCCGUCCUCAGAUUUUAUUAACUAGCAAUCCGUCCAACUGAUUUCUCUUCUGAAAGUACCGACCAUUAAAUCGAGUUCAAACGAAUUCUAUAAGCCCAAAAAUUAAUUCAUCUAUUUGUUCCUUGAUUACCUUCAAUUAUUACAAAAUUUACUAUUUUUCACAUUAUCAUCAUUCCCUUCCACUCCCUGAAAACUGAGACCGAGAAACCCGAGUUCCGAAAUGGCCCAACAGCUACAAAAACCGGUUCUCCAAAAACCGCCGGGAUACCGGGACCCUACCGUUCGGACUCAACCGGGCCCGACACCGCCGCCCCGAAAACCGGUCCUCCCGCCUUCCUUCCACUCGACGAAGCGACGCAAGAGCUGUUUCCGGGGCUGCUGCUGCUGCCUCUGCGUCGUCGUUCUCAUGCUAAUCAUCGUCGCCGCGGUCGCUCUCGGCCUCUUGUACCUCUGGUUCGUGCCGAGACUCCCGGUUUUCCACUUGCAGUCGUUUCGGAUCCCCCAGUUCAAAGUCAGCGCCAAGGCCGACGGCACGUACCUGGACGCGCGAACGGUCGCGAGGGUCGAGGUGAAGAACCCCAACGGCAAGCUGUCGUUUUUUUACAAGAAGAGCCGCGUGGCUGUGACGGCUGGGGAGGAGGACACGGAGUUGGGAUCGGCGGACGUGGGCGGGUUCACGCAGGAGAAGAAGAACACGACGAGUUUGAAGGUGGAGACUGGUGUGAGGAAUCAGCUGGUGACUGAUGGGGAGGGCUCGAGGCUCAAGGCUGGCUUCCUCAGCAAGGAUUUGGUUGUCAACGUGGAGGUUCGGACUGGGGUGGGGUUUGUCGUGAAUGGGGUGAGGUUAGGUCCCCUGGGAGUGAAGGUUUUGUGUGGUGGUGUGAGCUUCAACAGGCUCGAGUCUGGUGUCAUGCCCAAAUGCACCAUCAAUACCCUCAAAUGGAUAAACAUACAUUGAUGGGGUUAAGUUGUCGUGUUUUGGAGAUCAUGGCUGAUGGUGUACGUGGAAGAGUGAAUUAGGCAAAUUUUCUGGCAAAGAGCCUACACAUGAACGUUAGCUAGUUUUAUCAUUUUUAUAUAUUUAAAAUAAACGUAUACCAUAUUAUUUACUUAGAAAAAUGAAAAUGGAGAUUGGAGGGUAUCUAUAACAGUCUCGACUCGUGUCCAUGCCUAAGCUUUGGAUCCUUGUUUGUGUGUAUAGUAUAUACUGGGAUGCACAUAAUUUUAUUUAUGGGGUUGGAUUUAAUUGUUUGUUUAUUUCUUGGGUGUUGAUUGGCACAUCGUUUAAUUAAUAUAUAUAUAUAUCUUGCUCUUCUC